UUCAUUUUGCAUUUGUUUGGUUUUUGGGGUUGUUUUCUCGUGGCGUGGCGGCGCGGCGCAAUUCCGCCUUGCCGCGGGAAUUCCCGACGGGAAAAGAGAUGAAUUUUGUUAUGAGUUUAGAUACAGAAACAGAAACACAAACAGGUGUGUAUGUGUAUGUGUAUGUGUAAAUAUCGAGAAAACAAAACCGAAAUCGAAUUAUGGAAAUAUGAUGCCCUGGGGCCUGGGUUUGAAAUUACAACAAGAAAACGAGAUUUCAUUAAGGUAAGGGGGGAGAAGAGGGCAGGGGGUUGAGGAGAUGCGGCAUUUGUGAAUUCGUCACCCGUCUUUGCUUUUCUCAUCCAGCAUUAAUACAAAUUACAAACAGAUUAUAGCCCCAUUCUGCACCGUUGGGCUUCUGUAAACCCUAAGCUCCGUGGAUUUCGUGUUUGGGUUUUGAAUUCUGCGAUAUGGCUUUUUUUGCUGGUGGUAGCAGUGGAGCUGGAGGGUCCGGUAUGAUGGGAAUGGGAGGCCGCCGGGCAGUGAUUCACCCUGAUCCCUCCGUGAUUGCUGUGGAUAUCUGGGCCUUAGCCGAGGAAACUGCUCAGGAAGUGGUGAAUUUUAUCCACCCAACCAUGGACUCCGAGGAGAAGAGGAAGGACGUCACUGACUUCAUGCAGAGACUCAUCAGAUAUUAUGCUCCCUGUGAGGUUUUUCCUUAUGGAUCAGUGCCACUAAAGACAUAUCUUCCUGAUGGAGAUAUAGAUUUAACUGCUCUUAGCGUUCCUGAUAAUGAAGAAUCUUUGGCACGUGAAGUCCUUGCUAUUCUGCAGGCAGAAGAACUGAAUGAAAAUGCUGAGUACCAUGUCAGGGAUACCCGAUUCAUUGAUGCUGAGGUUAAGCUGGUGAAAUGUGUUGUACAGGAUAUUGUGAUUGAUAUAUCUUUUAAUCAGUUAAGCGGGCUAUGCUCUCUUUGUUUUCUUGAACAGGUAGAUCGCCUUGUUGGGAAGAAUCACCUUUUCAAGCGAAGCAUUAUGCUGAUAAAGUGUUGGUGUUAUUAUGAAAGCCGCAUUCUUGGUGCACAUCACGGUCUGAUCUCCACAUAUGGAUUGGAAAUACUGAUCUUGUAUAUCUUCCAAUUCUUCCAUGCAUCCUUGAACACUCCUGCAGCGGUUCUCUAUAGAUUUUUGGAUUGCUACAGCAGAUUUGAUUGGGAGAAGUACUGUAUCAGUUUGAGUGGUCCAGUUUUCAAAUCCUCCCUCCCUGAGAUAGUGGUUGAGAUGCCUGACAAUGGAAGGAAUAGUUUGUUGCUUAGCGAAGAAUUUUUGAGGAACUGUAUGGAAAUGUUCUCAGUUCCAUCAAGGACCACCCAUGAAAGUAACAAAAGAGUAUUUCAACAAAAGCAUCUUAAUAUAAUUGAUCCGUUGAAGGAAAAUAACAAUCUUGGGCGAAGUGUUCAUAGAGGUAAUUACUACCGUAUAUGUAGCGCUUUUAGGUAUGGAGUGCGCAAGCUUGGCCAAAUCCUUUUAUUACCACAAGAUAAAAUUGGAGAUGGAAUCAAAAAGUUUUUUUCAAACACCAUUAAGAGGCAUGGAUACAGCGAUUUAGGUAAUUUAAAGAAUUCAAGCCUAAGUAUUGAUGCUGACAGUUCUGGGAUAUCAUCGUGUUCAGCAUCCCUUGCUGAGUUUUUCUGUGAGGAGGAGUUACUUUUGAAAUCAUCUGCUGGUGAUUUUGAUCACGAUGCUUUAGAAGUGGAAGAUAAAUGCACUUCUAUGUUGACAAAGGCAGUUUCUUUGGAGAUGGCAGUUCUGCAACAGUGUCUAUCUGGUGAUGCAAAUGACCUUUCCACCUCUACUCAUCAGGACCCAAGUUCUGCAAAUGAAACCUCAGAUGGUGGAACCUACAGUGCUUCUCUUUAUGGCCGAACGCACUCUGCACAGAACUUGCCCUUGCCCUCCACUAAGUUAAGUGCAGAAAGUGGGAGCUGUGAGAAUGGGAAUGUAUGUCAAAGUGACAGAUCUGAUUCUGUGGAUGUGGAUGAGAAGUUGGGCUCUGGUUCUGAACAUGGAGAAUUUCGCCCAGGGUGCAGUAGUGGCUGCCAGCUUGGAACAGAGUAUGGUGAGGGCUUUGGUUCAGCAAUAUCAAGUUUGAAGACCUGCACUGUAGAGGAUGCUUCACUGGAUUUUAGGGAAAAGGAUGUUGCUAGCAUAGCUGGAGAUUCGGAAGUUUGGAAUCCUUUGGCUGACCUCACCGGGGAUUAUGAUGGUCAUAUUAGGAGUUUGCUAUAUGGAAAGUUUUGCCAUGGCUAUACUUUGAGUGUAGCAGGGAUAUCCCCAUUUUGGUUUCAAAACAAUGAAUUAUUGCUCAGUGACCAACAAAGCAUGCCACCUGUGUUUGUAGGACCCAUGCUUUACUCUGCUGGGAAUGCUGUACCAUCCACUGCGACGUACAAUUUUGAAGAGAGAUCGAAAGUGCGUGGGACUGGAACUUUCAUUCCAACCAUGGUUAACACUUACAGGGAUGACAGAGCAUUGAGAGGAAAGGGGAAAUACAGGGCUUAUGGAGGCCAUGGUCUGCUCCACCGAAGCACUUCUAGCAGAGGAUGGGCACCUGCAUUGCCCAGGGAUAGUGCUUCUGAAAACAGUAGCAGAGAGGGUUCACAUGCAUGGCCUGCAGCAGCUCAAGAGCGCGGGAAAUCUUCUGGAUUCAGGCCAUCUCAUCAUUCAGCUGGAGAUUCUCGUGUUGGUGAAUUUGGAUAUGCGAGGCAAUAUCCCGAGGGUGGCUCAUCUCAUGAAAGGGCCACAACGAGAUUCUCCCAGAGAGUGCCCUGUGCGAAACCUGUUUGGGGCAGAAAAGAUAGGCUUGCAGAUCAAUCGUUGGCCCCUGAAGAAUGAUCUCCCCUCUCCUCUUUGCAUGUGAAGGGAAAGUGUAGGUGCUAACUGAACUGUAGAGAUGGUAUAGGUGACUGACUUUUUUGGUUUUCCCUAUGUUAGUUGUUUUUGGCUGGUGAGGAAUGUUUGUAACAAUGUUGGAUGUUUUCUCCCCCCCGUGCCUUGUAUCAAAUGGAAAAAGAAAAAUAUAUUGCAUAGUUA